AGAAAAAGAAUAAUAAUAUCCGUUCGAAAAUUUACAAUCAUCAACUGUCACUAAUAAUGGGGUUGCUCUCUUCCUGCUCCUCCUUGGCCUUGCUGCCACUCAAUCCCUCCCCUCAUGCCUUUCCCAAAUCCUCAAGUUCUUAUCUCCAAACCCCUUUGCAUAUAAAAUCGGAAAUUCCUCUUAGCUUCCCAACACUAAAGACCAGAGCCACUGCUGAUGGAAGGGACCAAAUUUCCAACACCCCACUUCUUGUUCAAGAAGAAUCAAAGAAGAAACAGCCCAACCAGGAAGUUGAGGAGAGUGUGAGAGUUCUUAAAAAUGCAGCCAGAACAAGAAAGGUUCCAUCUGAAGAGAUCCUGGCUGCAUUUUCUGUGAUUGAGAAGGCCAAGAUUGAUUCUUCGGGGUUUCUUGAAACUCUUGGUGGAACUGAAUCACCGGGGCGAACCUGGAUGCUCAUUUUUACUGCAGAGAAAGGAUUAGAACGAGGAAAAUAUUUCCCGAUUACUGCUGUUCAGAGAUUUGAUGCAGCCGCAAAGAGGAUUGAGAAUGGAGUUUACCUGGGGCCUUUUGGAAACUUGACAUUUGAAGGGAGGUUUUCGUGGAACAAUAGAAUCCUUGCGUUCAUAUUUGAGAGGCUACGGAUAAAAGUUGGACCAUUGAACCCGUUCGAGAUCAGUUUGAAAGGAAAAGAUGACAGGGAGCCAACCAAUAAGGGAAAGGAUCCAUUCUUUGUCUGGUUUUACAUUGAUGAAGAAAUAGCUAUUGCUCGAGGCAGAAGUGGAGGAACAGCUUUCUGGGUGCGCUGUCAACGUGUUAACCCUUACUAAAAGCUUUGAUAUCAUGCUUAGUUGCUCUUAAGACAUGUAAAUAUAUAGUCAGUACAAAAUCAACUAAGAAAGUGUAAAUCACAUACAUCUUUGCACGGUUUCUUUUGAUAAUUAGUUUACAUGGUGACUAUUUCAUUUUCUUCA